AUGUGGGCUCCCUUCACGGUAUUUGUCCUCGCGUUUUUGGCACUGUCCUCAGCCGAUAAUGCUUGGAAACCAGGUAAUACAUACACAUACCAACUUGAAGGAAGGACUCUGGUUGGUAUCCAUCAAGUUAGCAACCAGUAUUCGGGAGUCCUUGUCCGGGGUAAAGUUCAGGUCACAGCCGACACAGACAGCCAACUCACAGUUCAGGUCCAAGAACCUGAAUAUGCUGACGUUCACCAAAAUAUGAGUGAAGGAUGGGCCACGCAAAUUCCGGAAGAACAACUGGAAUAUAAACCAUACAAUCUUCAAAGCGGUCGUUUCCAGUUGAUGAUGAAAAAUGGCGUUGUGGAGAGCAUGGUUGUGGAGAAAGGUCUUUCCACUGAGGGAGUUAAUUUUUUGAAAGGAAUAGCCGCUCAGUUGCAACUGAAUACUCAAGGCGCUAAUUUAAAACACUCCAAAGUUAACAGCUUGCCACAAGGAGAUCAACAAAGUAGGGCCUAUAAGACCAAGGAGGGUUCCGUUAGCGGUGUUGAUGAGACAUUGCAUGAAAUCUACCGAAUGCCAGAGUACAUCAUUCAAAGCAGACCAGAAUUAAUGCCACUUCCUCAUCUCAAAGGAAAUGGACAAGUUUACAUCGUAGAAAAGACAAAGAAUUACUCCAACAGUGAUCACCAUAUUGUUUACCGGUGGGGAACGAAUGGUCAUGAGGGAUGGACCGCAGGAACAAAUCAAAUGGGCAAUCUGCUUUCUAGGUCAAGCACAGGCAGGAUGAUCUUAACUGGCAGUCUGCAGAAUUACACUAUCCAACAUUCUGACACCAUCGAGAAGGCUAUAGUAUCACCUCAUAUAUAUAACAGCCAGAAGGGAAUAGCUGUCAGUCGUCUGACUUUGUCUAUUGUAUCUGUCACUUCUUCAACUGGACCAUCUCAGCCCAUCGCCCAGCCUAGGAUAUUGAAAACAUUGACCUAUGAGUAUGAACAAGGUGAAGCCCGGAGUGAAAGGCUUACCCGUGCAGGCACAGAUGUUUCAUCAUCUUCGUCGUCAUCAUCAUCAUUAUCAUCAUCAUCAUCAUCAUCAUCAUCAUCAUCAUCAUCAAGUGAUUCUGAUGAAAACGGUUCGUCAGGAAGUGAUCAGGAUCAUUCUUCAAGCUCAUCAAGCUCAUCCGAAGAAAAUGGACAUACUCAGGAUAAACACCGACCGAUGACGAAAAACACUAAAAAUAAAUGGCAGCCAAUUAAAGCUGCUGAAUGGGUUAUUAAAAAACAACCUUCGAAUUCUGCAGAAAAGAGGCAAAGAAAAGACAGCCAAUCUAGUUCUUCCAGUUCUUCAUCAUCAUCUUCCAGCGAAGAUUCUUCAAUUAGUUCCAGCGAAGAAUAUCUAUCCCCCCCACCCAAAAUCAACGAAUCGCCGAAAAUCGAUUUUCUGCCCGAUAAUAUGGCCAGCACGCCAUCUCAAAAAAGUCAAGUAGUUAAAAAUAUUAUAAAUAUUGCGAAAAAAGUGGCAGAAACCGUCCUUGAACCAAACAAAAUAAUAGAUCAAAACCUACUUACUAACUAUUCAAUACUUUCUCGCCUAGUAAGUGGGGCGAAUUCACAACAACUUGGAGAAGCUAGUGCGAAAUUGCACUAUUCUGUUGACAAUCUUCAAGGUUCGGAGGCUGGAGAAGGGACCAAAACAGUUCAAUACAGUCAAGCGUGGGUCGUUUUCCGAGACGCAGUAGCACAGGCUGGAACUGGACCAGCUUUAGUUACAAUUACGGAAUGGAUCAACUCCUCUAAAAUCAAAGGUGAGGAAGCAGCUGCAGUUGUUGCCGCUUUACCUAACGCAGCUCGCUACCCCACAACGGAAUAUAUGAACCACUUCUUUGAUCUGGUUACCAGCGACGUAAUUCAAAAGCAGCAGUACUUGAACGCAUCAGCAAUUCUUGCAUUCACCGAACUGUCCAGAAAAUCACAAGUAGAUCGCCUUACCUCGCGAAAUCGCUACUCCGUCCAUCUUGCUGACUCGAGUACCCACCGCUCUGUUGUCAAUGACAAAUACAUCCCACACUUAGAGGCUCAACUUAAUAAAGCCGUUGCUCAGGAUGAUUCUCCAAAAAUUCAGGUAUACAUCCGCGCAUUGGGCAACUUGGCACACCGUCGAAUUUUGUCUGUUUUUAAACCUUAUUUGGAAGGGGAAAAAGAACUAUCCACCUUCAGACGUUUUUUAAUGAUCGCCGCUCUCGAUAAAUUAGCCACAGUUCAUCCAAAGAUCGUUCUUCCUGUACUUUAUAGAUCUUACAGCAAUCAAGGGGAGGCUCCAGAGGUGAGGGUUGCUGCUGUUAUGCAGCUGAUGAAGACCAAUCCUCCAGUACAACUCUUGCAGCACAUGGCAGAGCAAACAAAUUAUGACUCCAGCAAACAUGUGAAUGCUGCUGUAAAGUCAGGUAUUGAGAGUGCUGCCAGAAACCGUGCAGAUCCAGAAAUGUCAGAAAAUGCACAAUCUGCAGUAAACUUACUCACUCCAGAAAACUAUGAAGCCCAAUACUGCAGGAACUUUAUCUCUUCCUUUAUUGAAAAACAUCAAAAUACAAUGGAGCAUCAUCACAUGUCUUACAUACAUGGUUUGGAUGGUGGAUUCCCAAGUGCUAUCGUAUAUGACUUACAUAGGAAGAUAGGAGGAUAUCUCAAGGACCCAGAAACGUUAUCCGUGCUUACUUCAAGUUCCCAAGACCUCAUCAACCUAUUAAUGCAGCAAUUGGAUUAUGGAACUAAAACCAGUGGGAGCAAAACCCAAGGAUCUGAUUAUACCUAUCAAAAGAUUCAGGAUUUAUUAAAAGCAGAAUACGAUGAACAGAAGCAGGUUGAAGGAAACAUCUUAGUAUCAAUUUUUGGAGCAAAGCGAUUUUUCACUUUUGACAACCACACAAUCGAACAACUGCCAAAGCUCGCACGGGAGUUACAACAAAUAUUACAGAAAGGUGUAAACCUCCAUCACACCAAAUAUUACCAUCAGGAUUCAGUUGAAGUAGGGUUCCCGAUGACCAUGGGUUUGAGAUUCACAUACUCCUACUCGGCGCCGUCGCUUCACUACCUGGGGGUGAAAGGAAAUGGCAACUUUGGACGACAACCCAAUUCAGAAGGAACCACAGGUCCACUCGAUGCUGCAUUUAACGGCGGAGUUCAAUACCUUCAAACGAACCAGAGACGAGCCAAACUAGCAUUCGUUUUCGGACAGCAAAGGUACGUAGCAGGCUUCGAAAGAGCCGCACAGGUACACUUACCAGUAGAAGGGAAGAUACAGUACGACGGCAGCCAGAACUCAUUGCAGCUCUCGCUUCAGCCACGCCACAACAAUGCCCUGCUCAAAGUCCUUCAAUACCGCACAAAUGUUUACACGACCUACCAAAAUAUCAAUGACGUCAAGCCCUACGUCGAAGGAUCUCAUGUUCGACAAGUUCAUUCCAAAACUCCAGUAACGUAUACGAAAAGAUAUGGUAAGGAACAAACCGGCUACGCUUUCCAGGUUGAUGUCAAUAGUGAAAAGAGUUUCGAGGACUUGUAUAGUGCUGCAAAGGGACUUAACUACGUCCCCACGGAUAUCCUCACAUUGAUGACCCAUCUUGAUGAUUCGAUUGCAAACAACAACUACACAAUCAGUUACAAUCCACACGAAAGCACAUCUCAAGAAACAGUGAUCAAAAUUUCCUACAACACUCGGCAGGGAGGCGAGCAAGGUCCGAAGAAAGGCAACUUCUUCUGGAACAAAAUCCAUCCAAAGGAAAAGCCCCAUCCUGGACCAAUCAAUCUGGGACAUCCAUCCACAUUAGACAGCAGAAUUGAAGAUUUGUUAAGCAACGCCAACUCUGGAAUCCAAGACGGCACGGCGCGUGUCCUCGACGCUUCGAUUUCUUUCGGUGGAAAGCAGAACAAAGGACAGUACUCGAUCACGUUAGGGCACUCAGGCAGUCCAGUUUCUGAGCAGUCACGAUACUUAGUAUACUACCGAGGCUUACCUCUUCAGGGAACUAGCGAUGGCAAUGGAUUAGAGGCCGCAGUUGAAAUUAACGUAAAAAAACCGCACGUUUCCCUUUCGAACUUCCAACACGCAAUUAAUACUGAGCCGACAACUCAUAUCGAAGGGAAAAUAAAUCUUGGCCAAGGUAGCGAUUCCAAGAUAACUCUACAGGGUAAAAUGGGAAGAUCACAACAAAGGAAACGGUACGUACAGGAACAUUCCCUCUCCGCAUUAUGCGCUCAGCAAAUGAAGCAAGGCCAUUACUUACAAUACCCCUGCCGCAAUGCCACACUAGCCGCAGGUUACCUGGAUACCUAUAACCUUACCGUUAAUUACGAGAAUCUUCCAUCAGGAUUGAAGAAGGGAGCCUAUUGGUUGUAUAGUCAAGUACGAAUCCUAGCUCAUCCGAAUCUUGUAGAAAAUGUUGUAGACGUGAAAAACCCACCGGGUGUUCUCACUGUCGGCGUCCAAUUGAACCACGACCUCGAAUAUGCUAACGUUUCAAUGGAAGCUCCAUGGAUGAGUACAACGCUUGAGAACGUGCUGCUGAACGAGAUAGUUAGACCAAUCGUGGUCCAACAUUCUGGAUAUAGCCAGCACCAGCUGAUUUCCAAGCAACUUUUCAACUGGACUCCAGCAGGUACUUGCACUCUGGAUGCUGUAAAUACAACAACGUUCAACAACAGGACAUACCCAGUCAACUUAGGUGAUUGUUACCAUGUUAUGGCAAUGCAUGCUCCUCCAACUAGCCAUGGGGAUCAACGAGGUCAACAAUAUUCCGAAGGCAGUGGUCAAUCCCAAAAGAAUUUCGUUGUCAUGGUGAAACAAACGGAUUCACACAAGAAGAUUGUGAAAUUAAUAAUUGGAAACGAAGCUGUAACAUUGGAACCAUCUGGAUCAGACGGAGUCUCAGUCAACUAUAACGACGCAACCAUUCAGCUUUCCGAGCACAACGUUGCCCGAUGGAAUGCAGGCCCUCACCCGGUUCAAGCUAACGUUAAACCCGGCACUAACAACGUAGUCCUGAAAUUGGUAAACCAAGAAAUUGAAAUCGUCUACGACGGAUAUCGAGUUCAACUCCGGAUUCCAAACAGCUACAGGAACGUGGUUCGAGGCUUGUGUGGCACCUUCGACGGAGAGCCUGUCAACGACUUUACUUCGCCUAGAAACUGCGUCUUGAGAAGUCACCAACAUUUGGUUGGCUCAUACGCCGUUCCAGAUUCAACAUGCAAAGGUGAAGCUAAAGAAGUCCACACACAGGCACAGAACGCUCCUUGUUAUCCUAAACAAGUCAUCUUCGCCAAUGUAGUGACAGAUUACGAAGCGGGGCGUGGAAGCAGCCAUGGAACUAAAGGUCGCAAUUCCAGUAAAAGCAAACCGAGCAUCAAGAAUCAAGAAGGCUGCUCAAGCCACAAGGUGAGGGUCAUGAAGACCGAAGGCAAGACCUGCUUCUCGAUCAAGCCCCACCUGACUUGCAACCACAACUGCCAGCCGGAAGGCACGGUCGAGAAGCUGAUCGAGUACUAUUGCAUGAACGACUCGAGCGCUGCCAGGCACUGGGUGACCAUGGCCGAGAAGGGAGGUAACCCCGACUUCAGCCAGAAGAAGUCCAACCACCAGAUGAUCGCCAGGCUUCCCGAAAGGUGUUCUUAA